AUGAGCAAUCUCUCCUCAUUUCUCCUCAUUUUUGCACCAUUUUUUGUGCAAUCUCUUCUCUCCCCAUCUUCAUCCAACAAUCAAAAUCUGGCCAAAAUAUCUGGUGAUUGUGAUGCCGAAUUCUCAGUUGCCGCAACUCAAUUAGCCUCUCAACAUAUUCAAGAUCAAUCAAUUAUUGAUUAUAUUCAUGCCGUGAUGUCAUCGUGCAAUAAAGCGCCAAUUCAAAAAAUGGCCGAAGUUUCCGUGUUUUUAUUGCAUAAAGGAACGGUGACACCGAAAGUUAUGGGAGAGAUACGGUAGGUUUUGGCGGGAAAAAUUUGGGAAAUUUUGAAAUUAUGAAAAAUUCACUGUUUCAAAAAUUUCAGAAAUUUUUUUCCGAUUUUUAAUUAACUAAUAUCUGCCAGAUUGCAAAGAGCACAAUUUUUGUUAAGAAAAAAAUUUACUGUUUCAAAAAUUUCAGAAAUUUGAAAUGUUUUUUCCGAAUUUUUGAUAACCAUUCUGUUUUCUUCUCUAGAAAAAUUCACUGUUUCACAAAUUUAAUUUUGAAAAAAUUAUCUGAUUGUGCAAUUUCAAGGCUAAAAAAAAUUCGAAAAAAUUUUAUAUUGCAUUGUUUUUCACAAUAUUUCACUUACUCUACUUAAAAAAAUAGUGGCACGUGGCAAAUUAUCUUAAAUUUCAGCAAUUUUUUAAAGAAAAAAUUCACUGUUUCAAAAAUUUCAAAAAUUUUUCCGAUUUUUGAUUUAAUAGUUUUUAUAUGCAAAAUGUAGAAUUUUAAGGUCAAAAGUGCCACGUAGGAAAUUUUUUCACAAUUUUUGUUAAGAAAAAAAUUCACUGUUUCAAAAAUUUCAGAAAUUUGAAAUUUUUUCCUAUUUUUGAUUCAUCAAUAUUUCCCACGUGGCAAAAAGCACAAUUUUCUUCACAAUUUUUUUGUUAAGAAAAAAUUCACUGUUACAAUCAUUCCAAAAAUUUGAAAUUUUUUUCCGAUUUUUAAUUAUUUACGAAAAAAAUUUUUCUGAAAUUACAGAAUUUUAAGACCAAAACUGCCACGUGGAAAAAAAUUUCACAAAUAAAUUCACUGUUUCAAAAAUUUGAAAUUUUUUCCAAUUUUUAAUUAUUUACCAAAAUAAUUUUACUGAAAUUCCAGAAUUUUGAGGCCAAAAAAGCCACGUGGCAAAAAGCACAAUUUUUUAAAGAAAAAAUUUACUGUUUCAAAAAUUUCAGAAAUUUGAAAUUAAGUUUUCGUUUUCUCUGUAGAAAAAUUCACUGUUUCAAAAAUUUAAUUUGAAAAAUUCUCUGAUUGUCAAAUUUCAAUCAACUAUCGAGUUCAAAAAAAAUAAACAAAAAUUCGAAAAAAUUUUAAAUUGCAAAUUUUUUCACAAUAUUUUACUCUAGUUCAAAAAUUUCAGCAAUUUUUCAUUUAAAAAAAAUCACUGUUUCAAAAAAUUCAGAAAUUCAAAAAAAACAUAUUCUUGCAAUUCUGCGAAUAUUAAUUAAUCGCCAAUAAACUGUGCCACGUGGCAUAUCUACAGUACCCCAACCAACAUUUUCCCUUGUUUUUCAGCGAAACUUUCGACGAAAUUCAAAAACGUCGUGACACCGAAUUAUCCGCGAAAAUGCAACAACUUCCACCAGAAAUGUAUAGUGUGAGUUUUUUUUAAAAAGAUUUUUGCGGCUGAAAAUCUGAAAUUUCAGCAUAAAUUAUUUCAGACCGCUCAAAAAAUUCUGCAAAUUUCCAAAUCGGCAGGUUUGUCGGGAAAUGAGAGACGAGAAAAAAUCGAAAAAUCGUUGGCCGCAGUUCCGGGUUCAUAUCAAUUUCGGAUUUUGCAAAUUUUCGAUGAAAAACCAGCGAAAAUGGACGCGGAACCGAUUUUGGAGAAACCUGAUGAACCGGUGGGUUACUGUAGUUUUUCGGGGGAGAUUUUUGCAGUCCGGGGUACUGUAGUUUAAAAAAAUACAUUAAUUUUGUAGUUCGGGUAGUCUAUCUUUAAAUUAUGUAUUUUUUUGCAGUUCGGGUUACUGUAGCUCUAUUUUUAGACAAAAUGCAAUGAUUUUGCAGUUCGGGUUACUAUAACUGGGAAAAUUUUUUGCAGUCGGAGUACUGUAGGCCAAGAUUCCAAAAAUUUUGCAGUUCGGGUUACUGUAGUCUUAUUUUUUUAAAAUUCAAAACAGUUGAUAUUUUUGCAGUCCGGACUACUGUAGCUCUAUUUUCAAACAAAAAUGAAAUGCUUUUGCAGUUCGGGGUACUGUAUUCAUUACGAAUCGUAGAAAAUCCUACAAUAUUUCUACCGAACUGCAAAAAAGGUACUGUAGAUAAGUACAGUAAUACUGAAAAAAAACAAAAAUUAUACAGUAUCCCGAACUGCAAAAAUCUUGUUACCUAAUAUGUACAAAUCUUGCAGUUCGGGGUACUGUAGCUACAGUAAUCUUCAAAAAAAACAACAAAAUUUAUAAAGUCACAAACUGAAAAAAUCUUGUUUUUCAAGUACAAAUUUUGCAGUUCGGGGUACUGUAGCUACAGUAAACUUUGAUUUUGUUCCAGAUUCAACCACCCGCACCCAAAUCCUUCGCCAUCCAACGUCUCCACCAAAUUCACCCACCUGAACAACAAUUGAACCCAGAACAUCUAAGUGCUCCGCUGAAAAUCCCACAUCUCAAAAUCCCCUUUGCUCCAGCUCCGGCUCAAAAACUAGGCUCAGGAUCAAGCCCAGGCCCAGAAGGCCCCCUGAAGAUAACACAUUCCGCACAGAACCAACUCUUUCCGGACCUUCCGCCAAUCGUUCCGCAAGUCGUUCCGCAAGCGCAAAAAUUCCAGCAAUUUUUGGAGCAGAAUCCGAAUCUCAACACAAUUCUCAAAUCGAUUGUGCAAAAAGGUGCCAAGACUUUGCCGGAAUCUGUGGGUACGGUAAACCGCGACGCAACCGCGUCGCAUCUCCUCAGUCCGCAAAUGUGGUCGGACGCGGCGAAAUACUUUGCCGCUUCUUCGAAUGAUCUACCCACUGCGCUCUCGAAUUUCAUCGAGAAAUCGGGAGCUGCGCAAAUUCUUCCGCGUUCCGCGGCGGCUUCCGCGCGUCAACACGACGGCGCGUUGGAUAAAUACGACACGCAUAUCGAUCGAUUUGCCACGUCAGGACCGGCGAAUCGUUGGGAGGUCGCGUCGAUUCCGCAGCAGCCAGUCAUCAAGACUGUGCAGCCGCCUCCCGGAACCGCUGUGAAUAUGCCACUGCCUGUUGAGAGCCCGAAAGGUUUGCAGAUAGGGAUGCCGACGAUGCCGCCGUCAAGCGGAUAUCACACGUAUGCACCGGCACCUGCGGCGAUUGUGCCGCAGGUUGUGCCGGUUUUGACGCCGGAGGAGAUUACUGGGUCUUAUAGGUGAGUGGGGGUAGAGAUGCAGAGAAAGCAGAGAGCUAGAGAUUCGAAUUAAAUGGGAGAUACACUCGAGCUGGUCAGAGACGCAGAGAAGCUAGACGGUUAGAAUGUGCAAUUUUUAAAGGGACAUACACUCACUAAGCUCGAGCGUUUUAUUUUUCACUGUUUCAAAAUUUAUUUGUGAACUCAUUUCAAAACUCGUGGAAAAAAUUUUACGCUGAAAAUCAUGAAUUUACUGGAAUUCGCUGAAAAUUGAGUUUUUCAUGAUUUUCAGCACAAAAUUUCAGUCUACAGAAGCAGGGACAUUAUCAGAUCCCGAAAAACCUAUUUAAACAUAUCCAAAUUUUGAAACAGUAAAAAAUCUUCUAAAUCAAAAUUUUGCGCUGAAAAUCUUGAAGCUACUGAAAAUCGCUGAAAAUUGAGGUUUCCAUGAUUUUCAGCACUAAAUUUCAGAUUAGAAGUUGCAUUUGAAAUGGAUCAGAAAAACCUUCGCAAAACUUUUAAAAAUUUUGAAACAGUAAAAUUUUUAGAUCAAAAUUUUAAAAAUCAUGAAACGACUGAAAUUCGCUGAAAAUUGAGAUUUUCUAGAUUUUCAGCACAAAAAAUUUCAGAUUAGAAGUUACAAUCGUUAUAUCAGAUUUCAAAAAAACCUUCGGAAAACUUAUCCAAAUUUUGAAACAGUGAAAACAUUUUCUAGAUCAAAAUUUUGCGCUGAAAAUCAUGAAACUACUGAAAAUCGCUGGAAAUUGGGUUUUUCAUGAUUUUCAGCACUAAAUUUCAGAUUAAAAGUUACAAUCGUAAUAUCAGAUUCCGAAAAAACCGUCGGAAAACUUAUCCAAAUUUUGAAACAGUGAAAAAAUCUUCUAGAUCAAAAUUUUGCGCUGAACAUCAUGAAUUCACUGAUAAUAGCUGAAAAUUGGGUUUUUCAUGAUUUCCAGCACAAAAUUUCAGUCUAGAAGGUAUUUUCAGCCUAAUAUCAGGUUCCAAACAUUUUUUCGGAAAAUAUAUCCAAAUUUUGAAACAGUGAAAAAAUUUUCUGGAUCAAAAUUUUGCGCUGAAAAUCAUGCUGUAAUUUUCAGACAACCAAUACAUCCGAUUCUCAAUCAACGUCUUCCAAACGGCCAAUUUCGAAAUGUGAAAAUCGAUGCGAUAAACGAGCAAAGAUUGAAAUAA